AUGUUCCGCGCUCGGCCAAAACCGUAUUCCGUCCGACUGAAGUCUCGGCCAAAGUCCAAACCAUCGGCCGAUCACGCAUCACGACCCGGGAAACAAGCCCGCGGUCGGCCAAGCAAGCGUCACGCCACGCCGCGCACGACCAAGCGCGCGAGCCGGGAAACAAAGCCUCGCGGCCGCGCAACCCGUUCCGCGUACCACGGCCGAUGCAUCCGUCCGAGCCGGGAAGACGCCCACGUCCGGCCGAGAAACCAUCGGCCAAAUCUCACCGUCCGACCAAGCCGGCCGACCGUGAAAUCAUCCGGCCCCGACCGUUCCGACUCGCCAAAGACCCGACUGUCCGGCCGACCGUCCCGCACGACCGUCCGAACGCCGCGGUCGACCCGAAGCCGUUUUUGA